UGGCGUUUUGGUUCGAACCACCACUUGAGCAUCUUCUUUCCCAACCAGCCUUUUGAACAACCUUGCUACUGCCGACUGUUGAAUCUGAAGCCAUGUCCAUGUUCCGAAUAGCCUCCCGAAGACUCGCUUUGAGCGCUUCGUUUCCCAAGAGACAAUUCGCUUCGAGCAGUUUUGUAGCUGCCAGUCGUCAUGGCAAUGACCCGGAAGUUCUCGGGCGAGAGAAGGCUAGAAAUCUGAAGGGGACUCAAGACAGUUCUACCCCUUUCAAAGAGGGUGCACCAGGAUGGAACGAGCAUCUAGCUUCGGACUCCGAGGCCGCAGUCAAGGCUGAUCACCAUACCAAGCAUGAGAAGCCAACGAAGGAGUUACAAGAUGCCACGGUUGCGCAGACUCAUGCGCACCAUGAUAAGGGAGGACACAAGCAUGGAGUCGAGCACCACGAUGCAAAGCACCAAAAGGCUCAGACUGGCAGUGAAGAGGCCGUCAAGGCUGAUCGAGGUGACCACUGAUCUAUCCAGCAUCCCCUUGGUUGUCAAGGUCGACAGGCCAGAGACGGAGACCUCAGGAAGAUGAGCCGCAGCCCGAAUACAUACCGUGUACCAUGAAUCAGCAAUAACAGUAGCUUCUGAGAAUGCAAUGCAUCAUCGCUAGCUGAAGAU